AUGGCAUUUAACUUCGUGACGAAAAUCGUGGUUUUGGUAGCAGUUUUUGGUGUCACAAUGGGGGGAAUUGUUCCAGCAUCUCCAAUCGUAUCUGCUCCAGUAGUCGCAUCAGCUCCAGUGGUAGCUCCAGCUGCAAUCGCAUACGCAAGAGCAGUUCCUCAGAAUAUUCCACCAUUUGCUUCAAGAGUCGACAUCAACACUCGAGCCCUUGCAGCGCCACUUGUCGCCGCUCCGGCCGCACGCGUAGUCGCCGCACCGGCAUUUGCAGCACCAGCCGUUUACUCAGCCCCCAUCAUCGCAGCCCCCGGCGUCUUCGGCGCGACUUAUGCCGGAAGUUUGGGCGCACCACUCGCCCAGUACGCCGCCGCCGCCUAUGGACCCGCAGUCCUUGGCUGA